UUUCUACUAAGAACAGCAAGUUUAAGCCGACGUCUGCAAGCUUCCUGUACUUUUUUGAAUUGCCAGGAAUUUCGAAUCCCUAGAUCUAGCUUCGCUACACUCGAUUAUCGGCUUGUUUCUUGUGGUAGGCGUUUUUUGAGGCAUUCGACACGUUUCAGUCUCAGAUCUCGUCGUAUUGGGACUGUAAGAGGAGUUUGUCGUGGAUUUAGUGUUUUGCAUAUGGCUAGCAAUCCUGCAAUAAAUUUGGAGGAUCAGUUAGAUGAAGAUUUCUUCGACAAAUUAGCCAAUGAUGAUGAUGAUGCUGAACUUUUAGUUACUCCAUCAGAUCAGAUAUCAUCCGAUCGAAGUGAUUCUGAUGAGAUUAAAGCAUUUACCAAACCAGGAUUUGACAAUUCUGAAUGUAAAGCGGGAACUGUUUAUAAAGAGGUUAUUGAUGUCUCUGUUGAGGAAAAAAAUAGUUCACCGCUUUCAUCUAAAUCCCCUGAAUCUGACAGUUUGGUUCAAACUGAAAAUGACAAUGCAAAGACUGAGGUAAAUUUUGGGGGAAACAUUGGAUCUGCUGGUUCAGGUGUUAAGGAAGUGGAAUGGAGUGCAUUUAAUGUUGAGUCAGAGCAAAGUGUUGGAUCGUACUUGGACUUCUACGGUGAAUUAAAAGAUGGUGCUGAUGAUCCAUUUGAAAAUAUUGAACAAAAUGUCAAUGAAUCAAAGAUUGGGGGUUUCAGCGGUGAAAUCAAUACUAUGGAUAGUGAUAACGGAGGCACAACCAACCCAGACACUCAAGAUCAUUCUGCUUCUGUGGCAGAUGCAGAUCAACAACAUGAUCUUAAUAGUACUCAAUAUUGGGAAAGCAUGUAUCCAGGGUGGAAAUAUGAUUUAAGUACUGGACAGUGGUACCAGAUGGACAAGAAUGACAACAUUGGAGACGACCAUACUAAUUCAGCUGAUAUUGUACUUGAUAACGAGGCAAAAACAGAGGUAUCUUCUUACUUGCAACAAACGACUCAGUCUGUUUUGGAGACCAUAUCUGAAAAUGGUAAAAUAGACUAUACCUCAGUAAAUGCCUCUAAUGGAACUUCUGAAAAUAUUUUGAACUGGAACCAAAUCCCAGAAGGGAAUAAUGGGUAUCCAGCACAUAUGGUGUUUGACCCUCAGUACCCGGGUUGGUACUAUGACACAAUUGCCCAGGAAUGGCGCACACUGGAGAGCUACACGUCGUCUGUUCAACCCAACAUUCAAGCUCAAGGUCAACCAAUUCAGAAUGGAUAUGGAUCUAAACUAACAGUUCUUCAGAAUGGUGAUAGAUCUGCAGCAUCUAAUGAAUAUAACUGGAAUGAGUCAUAUGGAAACUAUAAUCAACAGGGAACUAAUAUGGGGACAUCUGGGAUUGGUCCGAAGGUUGAAGAGCCUACUACUUUUUCAGGAAAUAAUCAAGGACAAAAUCAUUUUGUUUCAGGUCUUGAAUUUAACCAUCAUUUCAGUCAUAAUUCAACCUCAAUGGUUCCUUUUCAUGAACAAGAAAGUCAAGGGGAUGUACACAAUGUCUCUGACUUUAGCUCCGCCAGUGUAUCUCAGGGCUCUCACUAUGGUGUAAACUUGAGUCAGCAGCAAAAUGGGCAAAUACAUGCAUCUCAUUAUUAUGCACAGGAGCAGUUCCAGAACAGUCCUGAUUUUUCUCAUACAAACAUUGGAAGGUCAUCUGCUGGUCGUCCCGUGCAUGCUUUAGUUACGUUUGGGUUUGGUGGAAAGUUAAUUGUAAUGAAGAAUAGUACUAAUAAUUCUUUCAGCACCUCAUCAUAUGGGGGACAACAGGAUUCCAUAGGAAGCACAAUCUCUGUUCACAACCUUAUUGAAGUUCUCUCAGACAGACAUGAUGCAUCAUGCGUAGGAGUGGGCUGUUAUGAUUAUCUGGAUGUGCUAUGCAGGCAGUCAUUUCCUGGUCCCUUGGCUGGUGGGAGCAUUAGUAAUAAAGAGGUCAAUAGAUGGAUUGAAGAGAAAAUUGCAAAUUGUGAGUCUCAUGAUGUUAACUACAGAAAAUCCAAUGGUUUGAGGUCACUUCACUCAUUGCUCAAGAUAGCUUUCCAGCAUUAUGGAAAUCUCCGACCACCUUUUGGAUCAGAAGCUACAUUAAGGGAAGGUGAUGUUCCUGAGACGGCGGUUGCUAUGCUUUUUUCAUCUCUGAGAAAGAAUGAUGCACAGUCGAACGACCAUGCUGUUCUUACUCACUGCUUAAGAAAUUUGCCAUCUGAAGAACAAAUGCAGGUAACAGCAGCACAGGUACAAAGUCUUCUGGUUUUUGGCAAAAAGAAAGAGGCAUUACAGUGUGCAAUUGAGGGUCAGUUAUGGAGCUUUGCUGUUGUACUUGCAGCACAAAUUGGUGACCAGUUUUACAUGGACACUGUAAAGCAAAUGGCAUUUCACCAGCUAGUGCCUGGAUCACCUUUGCGAACAAUAUGCUUGCUUAUUGCUGGUCAGCUAGCCGAUGUAUUUUCAACAGACUCACCUGACAGUAGCAUUCACGUUUCGGUAAAUAUGUCACCAAAGUGUAAUACAAACAACAUACUAGAUAACUGGGAGGAUAAUUUGGCAGUAAUAACUGCUAACAGAACCAAAGACGAUGAACUUGUCCUUAUUCAUCUUGGGGAUUGCUUAUGGAAAGAUAGAAGUGAUAUUGUCGCAGCACAUAAUUGCUAUAUAUUGGCAGAGGCAAAAUUUGAGCCAUAUUCGGACACUGCAAGAUUAUGCCUUGUAGGUUCUGAUCAUUGGAGAUUCCCUCGAACAUAUGCCAAUCCAGAAGCAAUUCAGAGAACGGAGUUAUAUGAAUACUCGAAGGUGCUGGGAAAUUCUCAGUUCACCCUGCUGCCAUUUCAGCCAUAUAAGCUUAUUUAUGCACACAUGCUGGCUGAAGUAGGAAAGUUGUCGGAGUCGUUAAAGUACUGUCAAGCUGUGUCAAAAUUGUUGAGAACUGGACGAUCGCCUGAAGUGGAGACCUGGAAACAGAUAGUCUCAUCUCUUGAGGAGCGAAUACGAGCCCACCAGCAGGGUGGAUAUACCGCAAACUUGGCUCCAGGAAAGUUAGUUGGUAAAUUGCUCAACUUGUUUGAUAGUACGGCUCAUCGUGUGAAAGGUGGAAAACUGCCUCCUAUACCAUCACCAACACGGGGAAAUUCCCUUAGUAAUAAUGAACAUCAUGACAAAAAGUUGGGCCAUAGGGCAAUUACUAGUCAGUCAUCAAUGGCCAUGUCAUCACUCGUGCCUUCAGAUUCAGUUGAACCUAUGAGUGAAUGGACAGGCGAUAGAAAAGCAUAUAACAGAAGUGUUUCUGAGCCAGACUUUAGGCGAACAACUCCAAAAGAGGGCCACACUGAAUCAUCAAAGGAACAAACUGCUUCUCGCUUUAGCCACUUGGGUCGCUUCAGUUUUGGCUCACAAAUUUUGCAAAAGACUAUGGAUUUGGUCCUAAAGCCACGUCAGGAACGUCAGGCUAAAUUGGGAGAAACAAACAAGUUUUACUAUGAUGAGAAACUCAAGAGAUGGGUGGAAGAAGGGGCUGCAGUUCCAACAGAAGAAGCUGUUCUUCCACCUCCACCGCCCACAGUGGCAUUCCAGAAUGGAGUUUCAAAUUACAGCUUGAAUAGUGCAUUAGGACCUCCAACUAAUGGAAGCCCAGAAUUUACAAGCCCUGUUCAGAAAAACGGCUCAGCAACUAACUCGAUUCCUCCUGCAACCAACCAAUUCUCUGCUCAUAGAAGAACGGGUGUCAAUUCUAGGUAUGUGGACACCUUCAAUAAAGGUGGGGGAAAUUCAACAAACCUAUACAAAUCCGCCUACACUCCUCCAUCUGUUAAAUCUGCCAUUGUUGGCAACCCAAAUUUUUUUGUUCCGACCCCCGCUGUAACCUCGGGAAAAGAGGAAUUUCAUCAUCAUGCAGGAUUUACUAAUGGUCAGGAGAUGACGUUGUCAAAUGAGAACAGCAUCCCCUUUUCUUCUCAAUCCAAUCAAACAUAUAAUGGUCAUCUAUAUCACGCCGAAGUAAAACCUUCAGGACAGCAGGCUUUGGCGAUGUCACCGCCAUUGUUGUUCUCAUCCCCAACAGCACAUUUAGAAAAGAAUGUUGGAAGCUUUGGAAAUGAACUUUAUGAAGUAGAAAUUUGAGCAUAUUACUAAUUGUUGUGUAAUAUAUCUGUUGUACCAUUUGCUGCACUGGAGAAAAGCCUCCAGUGUGUAAGUAAGUAAUCAGGUUCUUAUUUUCUCGGUUGUCUCUUUCUCUCAACAAUUUGUAAAUUGAAUCCAUCGAUGGGAUUGUGCAAAUCAUGUAUACUAUACAUACAUUCUUAUUCUUGAAAAGAAAUCUCAAUUCAUUCGUUUAU